CUCUCGCGCACAAACUUUUCCUUCCUCCCCUUUCCUUGCAAACUAACACCUCCCUCCCUUAUCUCCCUCCAAGCUCCAUUUCGAUCUCCCGCAUUGUGCAGGGUCUUUGAAGCCAACAUACAGAAAUGGCCAACUCUGCAUCUGGUCUUGCGGUGAACGAUGAGUGCAAGAUCAAGUUCUCGGAGCUCAAGACAAAGAGGGGCUUCAGGUUCAUCGUGUUCAAGAUCGACGACAAGGCGAUGGAGAUCAAGGUGGAGCGUCUUGGCGAGACCAGCCACGGCUACGAAGAAUUCACCAACAGCCUCCCCGCCGACGAGUGUCGCUACGCCGUCUAUGAUCUCGACUUCGUCACCGACGAGAACUGCCAGAAGAGCAAGAUCUUCUUCUUCUCCUGGUCUCCUGACACAGCAAGAACAAGGAGCAAGAUGCUUUAUGCAAGCUCCAAGGACAGGUUCAGGAGGGAGAUGGACGGCAUCCAGUGUGAAAUCCAGGCCACCGACCCCAGUGAGAUGAGCCUCGACAUCGUAAAAAGCCGAGCUCACUGAUCAAUUCAUGCACAAGAUCAGCAUUUACACGAGCAGCUUCGGAGCAUAUAACUAAAUAUAUGCAUAUAUGAACCUACCCCAGUCGUUUUCGGCUCACGCCAUGCCCAUGGAUUAACUAACUGAUUUGGGAUAUCUCUCGCUCAAAUUUGUUGUUAAUUAUUCUUUUUUGCUCCAUAUGCUAUAUUUUGCUUUUGGGGAUAAGUUGUUGGGAUAUUGAUGCGCAUAUAUGAUUCUUUAAUUUCAUUGUUUUUCUCCUCGUGCUUAUUCAAUUUUUGAAGGUGUGUGGAUGCAUGCAGUUUGUUGGCCAUUCCCAUCAGAAAUUCAUAAUGCAUUUGUUCUUGUACUAUAGAAA